AUGGGUUGGGUGCUGCUAUUUAUUCUGAGUAGAAUAUAUCAGACACCUCUGCUGCUAUCAGCUUACAAAGCGUUCAAGUAUAUCAUCCGUGUCUCCACCUCGACAUCUGAACUGUAUCGAUUAUGCAAUUCCACUAUCGCAACGAGUCGACAGCUGGAAUACGAGGGCACCGACGAAAAGGAGCAUCUAGUGACAGACACAGCAUCCAUCGCAGUACCAAAAGACAUUGUAUAUCGCAUAGAUAAAUCUAUAUUCUAUUCAAAGCAGCUUGUUCAAGAGAAGCUGCAAUUGAUCGAGAACGAUUGCCAGCUCAACAACGUACUGGAAGCCAUUGUUACAAAGAAACAAUUUCCUCGACACUCGAUGGAUACACCUGCCGCUCAUGUGCUCGCAAAGAGCUUGGACCGCAUUCAUCAAUCCAACGUGCUACUCAACACAGUCGAGGGGCUUGUGAAAACUAAAUACGACGCAACAAAUGAUCUACACGAAGAAAAGUUACUAAAGUUGUGGAGUGAAAUGAUGCCUGAUACGGAACUCGAGUCAAGAAUCACGAAACAGUGGGUCGAGAUUGGAUUUCAAGGGAACGAUCCAGCCACCGAUUUCCGUGGUAUGGGUAUCCAAGGCUUGAACGAUUUGCUGUACUUUAUACAAACACAUGCCGAUCAUGCACUCUGCUGUUUACAACACGCUUCUCAUCCCGUCUAUUGGUACCCCUAUGCCAUUGUAGGCAUUAAUAUCACAAAGUUUGCCUAUCAAACAUUAGAAUCAAAAAAGUUACAACUAUACUUGUUUCAAUACGGUACAGACGUGGCUACCUUCCAGGAGUUUUACUGCUAUUUGUUUUACAAGUUUAAUCAGCUUUGGAUUACGCAUCAACCUCAGUUAACGGUCAUGGAGUUUGAGGUCAAAUUCCAAGAGUUCAAGAUGCAGAUUGAAAAGGAACUGGUGCAGGAAAAGAUCAUGCCCUUGUCAAAGCUGUUGGAGCAGUUAGAGCAAGAGAAAUUGAUUGCUGCAGAGCAAAAGAGUGCUGGAAAGAAGGUGGAUUAG